CCAUGUUGCAUCCGAUGUGAUUCAUUUUUCAGGGUGUCUCUUUCCCUAGUAUGCUUGCCAUGUGGUCUAAAUGGGCACACCCGGAAGAGAGAAGCAGUCUGGGUGUCAUCGGUGUCGUAGGUUUCAACUUUGGAAAUGUUUUGGGUAAUGCAUUAACAGGAUAUCUCAUCAACCUCAACGUGAUAGGUGGAUGGCCUCUUCCAUUCUAUAUAUUCGGUUCAAUGGGAUGUCUUUGGUUCUUGUUAUGGAUCUUCGCUGCCUACAGUUCACCACGAGAACAUCCCUGGAUAUCCCCAGAAGAGCGUGCAUAUCUCGAAGAUGGUCUUAGACAUUCUAACACACUAAGACCAUCCGUGCCUUGGAAACACAUCAUCAGGUCCCCUGCUAUGUGGUGCCAAGUGUUCACCCAUUUCCCGCACACACUUGGGUUAUUUACCCUCCUCGUCAACCUACCACUGUACUUCAGUGAAGGACUCCAGGUUUCCCUAGAACAGGCAGGUGUAUAUUCGGCUCUCCCUUAUGUCCUCCAAUCUUUCACCAUGCUGGUCAUCAGUUUUAUAUCCGAUGGCCUCGUCUCUCGGCAGAUAUUGUCUAAAAAGGCAUCGAGGAAACUUAUGUCAUUUAUAGGUUUCGGAUCGGGUGCCCUCUUUCUUAUCCUUGCUGGUUUUUCGCGGUGCAACACUGCCUUGUCUGUGACGUUUGUGACCCUUGCCAUGGGCGGGGUUGGUGCCUCUUUCUCUGGUCAUUUCGUGGCCUUACUCGACAUCGCCGGUCCGUUUGCUGGUUUUGCCAUGGGGAUGAUGAACACGGCCGGUACACUGGGGGGCAUCGUUGGACCAUACAUUGUCGGCGUUCUUACAGAAAUACAGACCGAUAUUACAGGAUGGCAGAAGGUGAUGUGGUCCAUCGCCGGUAUAUAUUGCUUCGGCGGCUUGACUUUUGUCAUCUUCGGCACAGUGGAACUUCAAUAUUGGGCCAUACAGGACUACCAACCAUAUACAGUGAUUGAUGAAUCGACAAGCUUGAUAAAAAAUAAAAACGUCGACGAGUCUGUGUCUUCAACUCAGGACCCACUUGUUGGGGAAAAAUGUCUGUAAAGCUGCAUAUUUGAAAAGGGGAGGAUACAACGUGCUGCAGAUGUGUUAUAUAGAUAAUUGUCUUUUUUAAAGUUACACUUUUGUAAGUUUUCUUGUAAAAGGACUAUAUAAAAGCGGUUUUAAUUGAUAUGACUACAGUACUGCUUCACGUUCUUGUUCUUUGUGUAAUGUUACACAGGAUGCGUACUUUGAAUGCUCAAAGAAAUCGACAUUUUAAAGGCUACAAACCUGACGUCGGACAUUUUCUUAUUACCCAACUUUUACUCGGUGAGGAUUGCAAAGAGUAGAAGUAUAAAUGAAUGUUUAUCUUCAGGCUCAAUUCGCUCAAAUAUGUCUUUACCCGUUGACAACUAAGUUUCGUGUUACUAACGGGUUGAAAAAGCGAAAAUAAGCGAAUGUUAUGAAACUUAAG